AUGAUAUAUUUAAAAAAAUUUUUUCUAUGUCUAGUAAUUUACAUAUUGUGUGUAUCUUCUUAUAUAAUCAGUUCGACUAACUUUAGUUCUAAUGAAAAGAUUAUAGAAAAAAGAAAUGUAAAAAGAUCAAUAAAAGAAAUAAAUAAUUUUAAAUAUGAUAAAGAAAUAAUAGAUAAUUUAUCAACAAAUAUAAGGAAAAAAAGAAACAUAAUAAAAUCACAAUUUAAAUGGACUUCACCAAUAAUUUAUAAUGUUCAUUUUAAAUUAAAUUACGAAUUAAUUAAAACUGCUAUAACUGCAAUUGCAAGAUUUACAUGUUUAAGAUUCUUAGAUCGAAGACAUGUUUGUCGUUCUCAAACUGGAAUAAAUUUUAUUGAUUCAAAAAAAUGUUUUGCUGAUUUAGGAAAACUGUCUAGAAAAGGUUGGCAAAAUAUAUAUAUUGGAAAAGAAUGUAAUACGCUUGGAGGAGUAGUACGUUUAAUAUUACGUACAUUAGGAGUAAUUUAUGAACAUAAUCGGGUUGAUAGAAAUCUUUUUAUUAAAGUAUAUGAACAAAAUAUUGAUGAAACAAGUAAAAAAUAUUUUCAAAAACAUUUAGGACCUGAAAUUGAACAUUUAUUUGUAUCCUAUAAUUAUGGAUCUUUAAUGCAUUUUGGAAUGUAUGAAUACAGUAAAAAUGGAUUUAAAACAUUAGCUCCAAGAGAUCAUUUUUAUGUAAAUACCGUAGGGCAACAAGAUUCUCUUACUUUUAGUGAUGCAAAAAAUAUAAAUUUGCAUUAUUGCUUCCCAAAAUGUUAUGAACCAAUUGUGUGUGAAAAUUUUGGAUAUCAAGCUCCUAAAAGUUGUGAUAAAUGUGUUUGUAUUCCAGGGUAUGAAGGUGAUAGAUGUGAAAAAUAUACACAAUCAUUAGAAAUGUGUGGAUCAGAAAUAAUGAUAGCUAAAGAUAAACCUGAAUAUUACAGAAUAACUGGAAAAAAGUAUUGUAUUUAUCAUUUAAAAUCAAGAAGUAAAAAAAAAAUACAACUUGUAAUUUUAAAAAUAAGUAUGGAUCCAAAUUAUUCUUCAACAUGUUCAAUAAAUAAUGCACUUGAAGUAAAAUAUUGGAUAGAUAAAACUGUAUCAGGUGCAAGAUUUUGCUACCAGAAGUUCCCUAAAGUUAUUAAAUCACACGAUAAUUAUAUAAUUUUACAAUACAAAAGCAUUGAUCCUAGAAGCUAUGUUUAUUUCUAUUACAAAGAGAUUCCUUAA